UUGCUUUGGCAACUGCAGAGCCUCGGAUAUAUAAGGAGCACGCAGAGGAGGUCUCAGUCGCUGUGAGAGCCACACACCCCUCACCUGCACGCACACAUACACCCACAUAAACGUUCGCCACACUCCUGCACGUCCUGCACCGUCCUCCUUCAUUCUUGCGCACAUCCCCUUCUGUGGUCUAACCGGAUGAGUUACCCGGUGGACACUGUAGGGAGUCCCUUCAGGAGAACUAUGGAUACUAGAACGACCAGCUAUGGCUACAGCCGCUCCAGCGGCACCCCCUCCAGCGGUUUUCGGUCCCAGUCCUGGUCCCGGGCCAGUCCCGGCUCCACCGUGACCACGUCAUACAAGAGGAGCGUGAAUAUGCCGGUAACCCGGACAUACAGCUCAGCUGUGCUGAGCUCCGCCGACAGCGUUGAUUAUAGUCAAACCUCUAUCCUGAACGGAGACUACAAGCGUUCUAACGAGAAAGAGCAACUUCAAGGGCUCAAUGACCGGUUUGUUGUUUACAUUGACAAGGUGCACUACCUGGAGCAGCAGAACAAGCAGAUCGAGGCGGAGAUCCAGGCACUGCGGCAGAAGCAGGUGUCACGCUCCCAGAUGGACGACCUCUAUGACCAGGAGCUGCGGGAGCUACGGGAGCUGCUGGAGCAAAUCCACCAUGACAAGGCACAAAUUCAGCUCGACACGGACCACAUCGACGAGGACAUCCAGCGGAUCAGAGACCGCUUUGAAGAAGAAGCUCGCAUCCGAGAGGAGACAGAGGCCAUAAUCCGUGUCCUGAAGAAGGACAUGAGCGACUCGGAGUUGGUAAAGUCUGAGUUGGAGAAGAAAGUUCAGUCGCUGCAGGAUGAAAUCGCCUUCAUCCGCAACAAUCACGAGGAAGAAGUCAGCGACCUCAUCGCCCAGAUUCAGGCGUCUCAGGUGACAGUGGAAAGGAAAGACCUCCAGAAGGCUGACAUCACCGAGGCUCUCCGGGAGAUUCGAAGCGAGCUGGAGGGCCACUCCAACCAGAACCUGCAGCAGGUGGAAAACUGGUUCAUGUGCCGCUACGUCAAGCUGACCGAGGCUGCAGAGCAAAACAAGGACGCCAUAAAGUCCGCCCGUGACGAGAUAGCCGACUAUCGCCGUCAGCUGCAGUCCAAGACGGUGGAGCUGGAGUCCGUCCGCGGUACAAGAGAUUCACUGGAGAGACAGCUUAAUGACAUCGAGGACCGCCACAACAGCGAUCUGGCCAGCCUGCAGGAAACAAUUCACCAGCUGGAUAAUGAGCUCAAGAGCACCAAAUGGGAGAUGGCUCGUCACCUGCGUGAGUACCAGGACCUGCUCAAUGUCAAGAUGGCCUUAGACAUUGAAAUAGCUGCAUACAGGAAACUCCUAGAGGGUGAGGAGACCCACUUCAGCACUUUCCCUUACCGCCAGACUGUCACCACCACUAAAAUCUCUAAGCCUAAGUCGGAGCCCACAAAGCUCAAGGUGCAGCACAAGUUUGUGGAGGAGAUCAUUGAGGAGACGAGGGUUGAGGAUGAGAAGGCUGAAAUGGAUGAGGCCCUGGCAGAGCUAGCGCAAGAGCUCUCUGCCACACAGGAAGGAGAGGACGGUGAAGAGGAAGAAGGGGAGGAGAAGGCAGAGGGAGAGGAAGCAGAGGGUGAGGUGGAAGAGGGAGAAGGAGAGGAGGGAGGAGAAGAAGAAGAAGUCGUAGCUGUCACUGAAGCCAAAGUUAGCUCGAGUGCGCCCAGCAAGGAGGAAGAGGAGGAUGAAAAAGGUGGUGAUGAGGGAGAAGAGGGAGAGGGAGAAGGUGGUGAGGAGGAUGAGAAGGAAGAAGAAGCAGAGGGAGAAGGUGGUGAGGGUGAGGAUGAGGGAGAAAAGGGGGAUGAUGCAGAGGGAGGUGAUAAAGAAGGAGAGGGAGGAGGAGAGGAGGAAGAAGUUGAGGAGACAAUGUUGUGCACCAAAGCUCCAGAGUCUAAAGCCUCUCCUGACAAAGAGAAGGCUGGAGACAAAGAGGGCAGUGGAGAAGAGGAGGGAGCAGGUGCUGAAGAAGAGAGUGGAGAUCAGGAUGAAGAUGCAGGUAGUGACAAAGCAUCCAAAAGUGGAGAUGAGAAGGAGGAAAAAGAGGAUGCAGGCAAAAAGGAAGAUGAGAAGAAGGGAAAAGAUGAGCCAGACUCAGAACCAGCUGUAACCCAGACAGAGGCUCCAAAAACUGAAGCUACAAAGGCCGAGGCCAAGAAAGAAGAUGCUCCUAAAUCUGAGGAAACAAAACCUGAAUCUCCAAAGAAAGAAGAAGCUCCCAAAACAGAGGGAUCAAAACCUGACUCUCCAAAGUCAGAUUCCCCAAAGCCUGCCUCCCCCAAGUCUGAAUCACCAAAACCAGAGUCUCCUAAAUCUGAAUCUCCCAAGCCUGCUUCUCCUAAAGCAGAGUCUCCAAAAGAAGCAUCCCCAAAAUCUAGCUCCCCAAAAGCUGAAUCCCCAAAGACCGCAAAGCCUGAGGCUCCUAAAAGCACUGAAGACAAGACUGAGAAAAAGAGCGAGCCAACAGAAGAGAAGAAAGUUGAAAAGAAAGAUGUUGCCAUGAACGGCGACAUAGACAAGAGUAGCCCUGAGGAGAAAGAGAAGAAGGAUGAAGGAAAAGAAGCUGACGUGAUCACCAACGGCGUAGACGAGAGUCCUGUCAAGGAAGACGGCAGCCAGAAGGUUGUGAUCACCAAGACCGUGGAGACAAUCACCACCGGAGAGGAUGGGUCAAAGCAUGUCAUCAAGUCCGUCACUGUUACCGAAACAGUGAAGGAGGCGGAAGAGAUGCUGCAGGAGAAACUGGUCUCUACUAAGAAGACCGAGAAACACUCCACUCAGUCUAUCAAGCAGGUGACGGAGAGCGAGUGAGCAGAGAAGGAAGGGGAGGAAGGGGAGAGAACAACACAAGCAAUCAAUCCAGAACUAACAUAACAAAGAAAAUCAUACAGCUAGAGCGAUGUAAUAAAGAUAACCACUCUCAAACAUACAAAACAAGUCAGAGCGAGAAGACAAAAGUUAAACGCUACAAAUUUCAAAAAUGCAUGUUGAGUGAAAGCUUCAAACGGGCUUCACAGCAGACGCGGACAGGAGCAAGUGACUGAGAUAUUUUAUUCUUCCUUAUAUUUCUUUUCCUUUCUGCAGUUAGUGGGUGAGCUCACGAAUGGGUGGGUGCUUGGGUGGGUGGGGUGUCUCUGCAUGUUAGCUCAGGGGAGCGGAAUACUUUCCUCUCUGUAUGGUAGAAAUACACCUUAAAAAGAGUAAAUACUAGAAAGCAAUCAAUAAACAAUAUUACUGCGGAGAGGGUUUUUGAGUUGAAGCAAAAGUGGGGGACUGGCGGAUGGAGGGUCCUCGAUGCAGACAUAUGUAUUCUACUGACGAAGCCUUACUUGACACGAGAAGAUACCAACUGAGCCAAAAAGAAACUAACAACAACAAAUACACAGCCGACAGUGACGGAAGAAAUGGACGGUGAUAUGAUAAACACAAUACCAUAUACAUCCAUUUACCGAAGCAGAUAAAGCUUAAGAAACCUAAAGAAACUCCUAGCCUUAAACAUGCUUUUUAUCAUUGUCUGUUAUGUUUACCUGAGUGCAACUGAAAACAAUAUAUACUGUAAAUGAUAGAAACAUGCAUUCCUGUAUGCAUAGGAUGGACUUGAAUUUAAAUACAGAAUUUAAUGAGGUGCUACUAUUUGCAAUCCCAUGACUUUACUCAUCAUGAACAAUUUCCCAGCAGCAUUUGCUCAAUAAAUGUCAUAAAGAUCUUCAAAACGCCAA